CCGAAGUUAUGUGGCAGUCCACCUCGCGAGCGCUAAUGAGUGGCUGUGACGCUGCUGUGUGGAGACAAUGGAUUUUCACAGGUGUGACGACGGCGGUGUAACCGUGUUUGUUUACAGGCUAACGUAGGCUAUAACAGCGACUACUACACGCUCGAGGUGCGCUAGGACCCAGAUGCGUGUAGUCUCGUUGUUCAGACAUGGCAGACUCUAGUCCAACGAGGAAGGACGAGGAUUUGGGAUUCUGUAGUGAAAUGCUCAGCCCCUCCGAGCUGUUUUCCGCACGGUCCCGGAGCCACAAGAUCCCGCUGAGGGGCCAGAAGGACUUCAUCCCGGAUGGGUCCGAGCAGCAGCGGCAGAGGCUCGAGCGCAGCCUGCAGGAACACUGGAACCUGCUGUCGGAGGAGCGCGUGGAGCGGCUUGGAAGCCUCGUGAAGGGCCUGUGGAUCCCCCAGGAAGGCGUGGUGGAGCUGCAGUCGCCUGCUGGGAAGUUCUGGCAGACGAUGGGCUUCUCUGAACGUGGAAAGCAGUUUCUACUUCCUGAAGAGGCCCUUUACCUCAUGGAGUGUGGGAGUGUGCAGGUGUUUUACCGGGACCUGCCUCUGUCGAUCCAGGACGGUUAUGAGCGGUUUCUGUCCCAGGAGACCGUGAGCCUUCAGCAGUAUCAGGUGUUUGGCCAUUUGAAGAGGCUGGGAUACAUUGUGAGCAGAUUCGAUCCUGGGUCCCGCGCCCCCUCUCUGUACGAGCGGCAGCUCAACCUGCCUCAGGGGUCCGACCGGCCGGGGCGACGCCCGAAAAGGAAGCGCAGCCUCAGCCCCGCCCCCCGGCAGUCAGACACACAGGAGGGGCAGUUUGGUGAGAAGAUGGGGCAGGAGGGGCAGUUGGGUGAGAAGAUGGAUGUGGAACAGGAAGGGGAGGCUAUAGACCUGAGGUCUGACUCCUCUCCGGUCCCAGCACCUCCACAGGAGGUGGAGGAGGAGGAGAGGGCAGGAAAGAGGGAGUCUAUAGAUACUGCGUCCGCCUCUGACCCCGCCCCUGGGCGGAGCUGGUGGGCGGGGCAGAAGGCGGACCCAGACCCGAGGCCGACGCGUCGCUCCGGACCACGCUGGGACUUCAGCACCAUCCCCUUCCCGGACCUGGGCUGCGGGGGCCCGUUCCCGACCCUGGCCGCACCCGACCCUGCCUUCCUGCCGGGGCCCCUGUCCGUGGGGCCCUGUGACAUCGCCCCCUGGCUGCGGGGGCUGAACACGCGGGACGAGCGCCUGUCUCGCCGGGAGCGAGAGCGCGACCGCGCCCGGUACCGCCGGGACGUGAACGAGGACCGGGAGGUGCGCCGCUGCCGGAACUGGGCGGAGUAUCGCCACCUGCUGGAGAGGAGGAGCCAGCGCAGCCAGCGGGAGAGACCAGCUCACCUGUGGGAGGGGCAGGUGAAGCCCCUCCUCCAGCCGGGGCAGUACUCCAGUCCCGGUGACCUGAUGAACGGGAUCGGUGUGAUCCACUCUUCCCAUUGGCUGGAGGGAGUGACCCGACUGGGACCGGGCUCAGAGGACUGGAGCGUCGUCUUCAACGUGUACCAGCCGGACACCGUCGCCGACUUCAGGAAGACCAGCCCCGGGAAGCCUUACACACGCAUGUGUGUGUGCAGUUUUGAGGGCCCUGUGCCGGACCUGCGGACUCUGAAGCUGCUGGCCUUCCAGAGCGGGGACGUUCCCGUCACCUUCGCCGUGGUGGACCAUGGGGACAUCUCCUUCUACACGUUCAAGAGCUUCCAGCUGCCCACGGACCUGUCCCACUGACCGGACCGGACCGGACCCAGGAGAGCUGUCCCACUGACCGCACCAGGCCCAGGAGAGCUGUCCCACUGACCGGACCAGGCCCAGGACAGCUGUCCCACUGACCGGACCAGGCCCAGGACAGCUGGCCCACUGACCGGACCAGACCCAGGACAGCUGUCCCACUGACCGGACCAGACCCAGGACAGCUGUCCCACUGACCGGACCAGGCCCAGGACAGCUGGCCACAGCCAGCCGCUUCAGCAACGUCAGAGGGCCUCUGUGUCAAACCAUGUAAACAGAAACUCUCCCGCCAUUGCCGCUGUUCCCUGAACGCACGGGAACAUUCCGGAACACUGACCGCCUCACAGGAGGGAGCUCCAUGCAGAGACCUCCUCGCUUACUCUGCGCUGUAAGACGUUUGCGUGUGUUUCUCACGCAGAGUCCGUGUGUUUCUCACGCAGAGUCUGUGCGUUUCUCACGCAGAGUCUGUGUGUGUCUCACGCAGAGUCUGUGUGUGUCUCACGCAGAGUCUGUGUGUGUCUCACGCAGAGUCUGUGUGUGUCUCACGCAGAGUCUGUGUUUCUCACGCAGAGUCUGUGUGUGUGUCUCACGCAGAGUCUGUGUGUGUCUCACGCAGAGUCUGUGUGUGUGUCUCACGCAGAGUCUGUGUGUGUCUCACGCAGAGUCUGUGUGUGUCUCACGCAGAGUCUGUGUGUGUCUCACGCAGAGUCUGUGUGUUUCUCACGCAGAGUCUGUGUGUGUCUCACGCAGAGUCUGUGUGUUUCUCACGCAGAGUCUGUGUGUUUCUCACGCAGAGUCUGCGUGUUUCUCGCCUCAUUGGUAAGCUGCGUCCUCUCUUGGUGGUGUUUCAUUGCUCACUCUAAUACUCUGAAGGGAAUAGUCAGGUUUCCCAGGCUGCGUGCUCUCAGGCCCUGGUUCUGGGAACUCGCUGUGUGUUGUGGGGACGCGCUGUGUGUUGUGGGGACGCGCUGUGUGUUGUGGGGACGCGCUGUGUGUUGUGGGGACGCGCUGUGUGUUGUGGGGACGCGCUGUGUGUUCUGGGGACGCGCUGUGUGUUGUGGGGACUUGCUGUGUGUUCUGGGGGUGCGCUGUGUUCUGGGGGCGCGCUGUGUGUUCUGGGGACUCGCUGUGUGUUGUGGGGACUUGCUGUGUGUUGUGGGGGCGCGCUGUGUGUUCUGGGGGCGCGCUGUGUGUUCUGGGGGGAACGCUGUGUGGGGGGAAGGAAAUGAGAGCCCAAAGCAUGCUCUGUGUACCAAGGCUGGGAAAGAUCCCCACAGAGCACCCCACACAGUCAUCCAUUACCGCCAUUUAGUCUGACACCAGCGGAGAGGGAGAUCGGCGACGGUUCUUUUUCAUUUCAGAUUUCUUGCCAAUUCUGAGUAUUUCCCCAUAAGGCUGAUUUUCCAGGAAAAAUGUAUAGCCUGUGCUCACUGAAAGAUGCAAUUAAACUUUUGUAAUGAUG